AUGCACAGGCCUGAGGCUGGCUCUCCUUCCAAUCCAAUCAGCGUAGAUGAUGCCGACAUGAUCAACCAGCUGUAUGCAGAAACACACAACUUGGGAGAUGACGAUCCCCCCACUCCCCAACCCAACACCUCGUCCAACACCAGACAAAAAUACCACCAAGGCAUUGACGACAAUUCUCCUUACUCCUACUACUGCCCCAACUGCAACCGUCGUGCACCGGGACAUAGUUUCAACUGGUGUCCUAUUCGUAUGGAAAACGAAGAUAGGAUUCUGAUGAAGGGAUUACAUGGAAAUGUCAGCUAUGACGACAGUUACAACAUGGAUGGCGAAGGUACCAAAUUUUGGUGA